ACUGUUUUCCGGUCAUACUAACCUCUGUCACGUUCUUUGCAUGUGGGUUUUUUACUGGAAAGGAAAUUUGUGGGUGAUUAUCGAAGGUUAUUGCUUCUUUAGUUCUUUAGUGUUACUUCUUUAGUGUUAGGAAGCUGGUUUUGCUAACAGUGUAACAGAGUAACAGUGUAAAAGGGUAACAGUGUAACAGAGUAACAGUGUAAAAGGGUAACAGGGUAACAGGGUAACAGUGUAAAAGGGUAACAGGGUAACAGUGUAACAGGGUAACAGUGUAAAAGGGUAACAGUGUAAAAGGGUAACAGUGUAACAGAGUAACAGUGUAAAAGGGUAACAGUGUAACAGAGUAACAGUGUAAAAGGGUAACAGUGUAAAAGGGUAACAGUGUAACAUGGUGACAGAGUAACAGUAUAACAGGGUAACAGUGUAAUAGUGUAACAGAGUAACAGUGUAAAAGGGUAACAGUGUAAAAGGGUAACAGUGUAAAAGGGUAACAGAGUAACAGUGUAAAAGGGUAACAGUGUAACAUGGUGACAGAGUAACAGUAUAACAGGGUAACAGUGUAAUAGUGUAACAGAGUAACAGUGUAAAAGGGUAACAGUGUAAAAGGGUAACAGAGUAACAGUGUAAAAGGGUAACAGUGUAACAGAGUAACAGUGUGAAAGGGUAACAGAGUAACAGUGUAAAAGGGUAACAGUGUAACAUGGUGACAGAGUAACAGUAUAACAGGGUAACAGUGUAAUAGUGUAACAGAGUAACAGUGUAAAAGGGUAACAGUGUGAGAGAGUAACAGUGUAAUAGUGUAACAGGGUAACAGUGUAAAAAGGUAACAGUGUAACAUGGUGACAGAGUAACAGUAUAACAGGGUAACAGUGUAAAAGGGUAACAGAGUAAAAGGGUAACAGUGUGACAGGGUAACAGUGUGACAGCCGCUGAUGCAACUGAAGGUAAUCACCUGAACUUUGCUUUCCGUCAAUGAGUAGAGUCACUGUCUGGACCUGUGUGUUACACUUCAUCAGCUUCCCCAUGACACUCAUGAGGCGGAUCAUAACUAAGCUGGUCAGUCGAGUGCUUCUGGGCACUUCGGGUACUUUACAUUGUGAGAAGAUGUCCAGUGAAAUAGCAGCCAGCACUUCUAGGAGGAAGAAACUGGUGGUAGGGCUCGGUAACCCUGGUAUGAACGGCUCACGGCACAGCGUUGGCAUGGCUGUGAUCGCGGCACUGGCAGAGCGUCUGGGAGUGUCUGAUCAGUGGAAAUCAGACAGACACGUGUCGGGAGAGGUUAUUGUUUCAGUUCAUCAGGAUACACAACUCGUGCUUCUCCGGCCCAAACUGCUGAUGAAUGUCAAUGGAGUGAGUGUGGCGAAGGCAGCAAGCAAAUUUUGUAUUCGACCCGAGCACAUUGUCUUGGUACACGAUGAACUUGACAAACCGCUUGGGAAGCUUGCCAUCAAACAUGGAGGGAGUGCAAGGGGUCACAAUGGUGUCCGGUCCUGUAUCGAUUGCCUUCAUACUGAUGUAAUGCCACGGCUACGAAUCGGUAUCGGCAGACCCUCAGGAAACACACCCGUGGACAGACAUGUUUUGGGGCGGUUUUCGAAGGAAGAGCAGAACAUUUUAAGCUCUGUAAUGGAGCAAAGUGUGGAGCUUUUACUGGCACAAAUCACAGAGCAGCAACUCCAAGUAACUCCAGCAGGGGGCAGGAAAGCAGCACAGAAGAGGAAAGAGAGGACACCUUCUGCAGUGCAGGAACCUGAGGAAAAGCCACACAGAACUGACCUGAACUGCCAAUAAGCUAAUGAUUAUAAACUCAUGACUCUGCUGAAUGUGGAUGUUUGUACUGUAAAAUUGAAUAAAUGACAGUUCUGUUUUAA